AUUAAAUAAUACGACAUUAUAAACAAAUAAAAAUCAAAAAAAAUCAAUACCUAUAAUAAUAUUCAUAAAAACGAUAAGUUUUGUGGCGGCUGGACAAAUGAAUGGAAUUUUUAUGAAAUUUACUACGAAAAGAGAGCGGGAGCAGCAUUGGGGCAUUCUAAUUUUAGUAAAAUCGUGACGUAGACAGACAACGAUAAAGUGAAAUGUUUAAAAUUUAUUUCAUGUCGAUUUUGUUGUUUUGCCGCUUGGCAGUUGUUUAAAAAAUUUAUAACAAGCUGUAGUGAAACUAUUUUUUACUAAUAAACAACGACAAUAACAAAAAAACAACUGCUGCAGACUGAAUUUUGAGGAAAUAAGGUGAAAAGAAAAGUUACAACACAUUACAAGGGAAAUUAACUAAGAGGCGCCAAUAUGUCUAAUCAACAACAAGAAAAACAAACCCAACAACAACAGCAACCAAAGAAAAACAUUCCAAAUGGUUUAAAAUUUGUAUUUGGCGGUGCGGCCGGUAUGGGUGCUACCAUGAUUGUGCAACCAUUUGAUUUAAUCAAGACACGUAUGCAAAUCUCUGGAGCUGGCAGUGGAAAGAAAGAAUUCCGCAAUUCAUUUCAUUGUAUACAGACAGUAGUGAGCAAAGAAGGUCCACUAGGUCUUUAUCAAGGUAUUGGCGCUGCUCUAUUACGUCAGGCCACUUAUACAACAGGCCGUCUGGGUGUCUACUCUUAUCUCAAUGAUGCGUACAGAGCACACUUUAACAAGGAUCCCAAUGUAUCGGCAAGCAUGUUGAUGGGUGUGAUUGCCGGUGCCUGUGGUGCCUUCAUUGGUACACCUGCCGAAGUAGCUCUUGUGCGUAUGGCUUCCGAUGGUCGUCUUCCUUUGGCCGAAAGACGUAACUACAAGAACGUUUUUAACGCUUUGACUCGUAUCACCACCGAAGAAGGUUUGGCCACUUUAUGGCGUGGUAGUUUACCCACUGUGGGCCGUGCUAUGGUCGUCAACAUGACACAGCUAGCCUCGUACUCACAAUUCAAAACAUACUUCCGUACCGGUCCUUUACAAAUGGAGGAAGGUAUCAAAUUGCACUUCUGCGCCAGUAUGUUGUCCGGUUUAUUGACAACAAUUACCUCAAUGCCUUUGGAUAUUGCCAAAACACGUAUUCAAAACCAGAAAUAUGUCGAUGGCAAACCAGAAUAUCGUGGUACUUUCGAUGUAUUGGGUAGAGUAGCUCGCCAAGAGGGCGUGUUUGCUCUGUGGAAGGGCUUUACUCCCUACUACUGCCGUCUGGGACCACACACAGUUUUGACAUUUAUUUUCUUGGAACAAUUGAACAAAUCCUAUCAAACUUUUGUACAAGGUAAAGACGCCAAAAGUUCUGGUCUGUGAUGAUAAUUAAGAAAUCAAACGAUCAAUCACCUCACAUUAUAAUGAAAUAACUAACCAACCAACCAAUGCAUACAAUACAAUAAUAAUAUAUAGUCGAUGUGUUAAUUGUUAAAGUGAAAUUCCAAUAAUAAAAAAUAUUUAAAAAAGUUAACAUUUAAAA